UUAUUAUUCUUAUAAUUAUUAUCAUUCUCCUUCUUAUCCUUAUAAUCAUGCAAUGAACAUUGGGAUUAUUGAGUUAUUUUGAAAAUGAUAAUCCAAAUACAAAAAAAAAUCUGUAAUGAAUAUAAUAUUUGUAUUAUUGUUGUUGUAGGAGUCCUUGGAUUGGAGCAGUUUAACUUGGGGCAUGACAAUGGCGGCUCGCAAGACCGAACGAGGAUUUUGCGUCUGUCCUACAGUGCGUGUGAGUACAUCCCCCUGGCCAAAGACACAAAGGAAGCAUGGGGAGAGGCCGAGAGAGAGUCUGGCAUGCAGUUAGUCUACACGACGGGAGGACUGGACAUCGCCAAGAGGGGCACCCCCGGUCAUGAGUGCUUGGAGAAAUUCGCCAAAUCCAUGACGGCUCAAAAUGUCGAAUUCGAGAGAUACGAAGGGCAGAGCAUCAGGAAGAAGUUCCCCCAGUUUUCGGCCACACCCAAAUGGAUCUCCCUCUACCAGAAGGACGCGGGGAUUAUAGACGCCGCUCUGGCAAACGCGGUCCACAUCCAACUAGCCCGAAAGCAUGGGGCAACCAUCUUGGAAAACGCUGCCGUUUUGAGGAUCGUCAAGGAGGGCAAUCAAACAAAGGUUUGCACAAGUCAGGGAGAUUUCCUUUGCAAGAAGGUGAUAGUGACCUCGGGAGCCUGGACUAACGAUGUCCUGUCAUCCAUAGGACUAAAACUACCAAUCACAGUCACCCAGGAACAGGUCACCUACUUUGCGACCCCUCACAUGAACGAGUUUACGAAAGACAGAUUUCCAGUUGUCUUCCUUCACACCGGGUUGCCAGCUGCCCCUUACUUCAUACCAAUCCACGGCAACACAGGGUUCAAGACGGGACUCGAUCUGGGAGGACCUGUUAUUACCCCUCAUACCAGGACUUUUAUCCCCGAUGAGAGGAGGAGGAAAAAAGAGAGGAACUACGUAGCGGAGCUGUGUCCGAGGGCCCUUGGACCAACCCUUUACACCAAAACGUGCUUGUACGCCCUGACUCCUGACAGAAAUUACAUAAUGGAUACAUGCGAGGAGGCUGGACAUCGUGAUAUAAUAGUGUUUGUUGGUGCUGCCCACGCAUACAAAAUGGCCCCGGUCCUCGGAAAGAUCCUGAGUCAACUGGCGAUAGACGGGAGGACAACCUAUGACAUCUCGUCCUUCACCAUGAAGAGGCCGGCUAUCAGUGAUCCUAGCUACCCACCCUGCUUCAAGUUAGAUGUGCCUGUCAAAGACGACAUCUUACCCUCCUACCUCUGAACACUCAACGAUGUCGUACCUACAGGGGACACAGGAUCAUCUCCCCCCCCCCCAAUCUAGAAGG